UAGUGAAAUUAUCAAUAAUUUACGAAAAUAAAAUCAAAUAAAAUUUAGAAGCCAGUAAAAAUUCUUGAUUUAUUGAGUAAUUAUCCAUAGCAGGUAUCUGGGUCGCUCCCAAAAAGAGCAUGAAUUCCCAAUUGAGCUUAGAAAUAGUGUGAUUGUGGUGAAACAAAAAGAGGAAAGGGAUAAAACAGAAAACCCUACGUUAUCUCGGCCCAUUAGACACACCUCCACCACUUCGAAGAAGGGUCAAAAUUCUCUCUCGGACUACACAGUCCGAUUGUUUCCUUCUACAUAUACAUUCGAUACGUAUAUAUCUGAAAUAUAUGCUUCUGUUUUCUUGUGAAAUUAUAAUUUGAUAGAAUAAUUCAUUUAGAGGUACAAGAAGAUGGCGGCGGAGGCUUCGACGGCGGCUACGAGCAGUAGAUCUGGCGUCGGAGGAGCUUCGGCGGACUCAUAUAUUGGCAGCUUGAUAAGCUUGACUUCCAAGAGUGAGAUCAGGUACGAAGGCAUACUAUACAACAUCAACACCGAAGAGUCUAGCAUCGGAUUACGCAACGUGCGAUCAUUUGGUACGGAAGGACGUAAGAAAGAUGGUCCACAAGUUCCUCCCGGUGACAAAAUUUAUGAAUACAUACUCUUUAGAGGAAGUGAUAUAAAGGAUUUACAGGUCAAAGCGUCUCCACCACCAUCAGUGCAAGCAGCUCCAUCCAUUAACAGUGAUCCUGCAAUUAUUCAGUCUCAUUAUCCGCGUCCAACAAAUCCUUCUACAAGCUUGCCUACAGCCCCGUCCGGGUCUUUGACAGAUCAUGGUUCUCAUUCUGCACAAGUGGGACUCCCCGGGCCUAAUUUCCAGAGUAAUCUGCAUUUAUAUCAACCUGCAGGGAACUUGAAUUCCUGGGGCCCUUCUCCGCCAAAUGCAAAUGGCAGUGGCCUAGCUAUGCCAAUGUACUGGCAGGGAUUCUAUGGCACACCAAAUGGGCUCCCUCAACUUCCUCAGCAGUCCUUGCUUAGGCCACCUGCUGGUCUGUCAGUUCCGCCAUCCAUGCAACAGAUUCAGUUUCCUGGCUACACUUCGUCUUUACCGACAAUGGCAUCUAGUUCAUCUAAUUCUGCCUUGCCCGAUUAUAAUUCUUUUUUGUUGCCAAACAAUGCAAGUUCUUCUGGUUUAAUAUCUGCUUCAUUACCUGCUCCGACUUCAUCUUUGAAUGUUCCCCCCCUACAGCCCAAUCCACUACCAUCGGAAACAACUGUCAAUCCUCCAAACAGAGCUCCUAUUGCUAUUCCUUCUUCAAGUUCUGGCACUAGCCUGGCAUCUGUAGCUCAUCUUCAGACGUCAACAACUGAUAAUGUAGUUGCUAACAAAGCUGUCUCAAUACCUGGCCCAGCAGCAGCCUUGCCGCAGCAGAACUUAUCUCACACCAUGACAUCUAUUCCUGGGGCAUCCGGUUCCAAUCUUACCGAAACACUUACACCUUCUCUUGUAACACCAGGGCAGCUUCUGCAUUCUGGAUCUUCCACUGUUACUGCAUCUCAACCCUCACAAACAGUCCAGAAAGAUGUUGAAGUAGUAAAAGUGUCUUCUAAACCAUCAACAGAACCACCAGUUUCGGCAACAGGAGACGCUCAACCACCAAUAUUACCUUUACCGCCAAAUUCUCGACUUCAAAGGCCAAAUGGAGGCGCUUAUCACAUGCGUAACAAUUACAGAGGGCGUGGUGGAAGAGGAGCUGGGGGUUCACGUCCGGUGACAAAAUUCACUGAAGAUUUUGAUUUCAUGGCAAUGAAUGAGAAAUUCAAAAAAGAUGAGGUAUGGGGUCAUUUGGGGAAAAGCAAAUCUCAAUCGAAGGAUAAAGAUGGAAAUGGAAGUGGCAGUGACGAAGAGUCACAGGAUGAGGAUGAUGCUGAAUUGCCUAAGAUUGAGCCUCUUUAUAAUAAGGAUGACUUUUUUGAUUCUAUUUCCUGCAAUGCGAUGGAUAAUGACCCCAAUAAUGGACGGACGAGGUAUUCGGAGCAAAUGAAAUUGGAUACAGAGACGUUUGGGGAAUUCUCAAGGUAUCGGGGUGGUCGAGGAGGUCGUUAUAAUGGUCGUGGUGGUGGACGUUUCCGUGGUUCUUAUUACGGAAGAGGCUAUGGUGGGUAUGGCUAUGGAAACAGGGGCCGCGGGCGAGGUACUCAGCAUCGUGCUUCCUAGAGCACAUGAAAUCAUAUCCAAGUAAAUGUUGAUGGCAAUCUUGUCCAUUUGGACAUAAGAUUGAUUCAGUACGUGCUUGUAAUUUCCGCGCAUCAUUUUACUUGGUCGUUUUAAUUAAUAAAAUCAGGAAUUUAGACUUGAGAUUUCGCCCAGUUUCUGUCUGAUACUCUCCUACAGUUCUACUUGAGGUUGUCAGGUUGUAGUAAAAAGAUUCCCUAUUUAUAGCUUGGUGGAUCCUAACUAGUCUUGUUUUCUUGUAAUAUUGUUUAGAAGCCCACAUGUGAAAAUGUAACUGUAAGAAUUUAGAAAAUAUCGACAUAUGUGAUCUAAUUUUGGGUUGGGAUGCU